AUUCGGUAGGACACAGAAACAUAAAAAGAAGAAAAUGAUAGUAUGAGAUUUAUAAGGAACAAAGAGCCAUGGAGUAACAUUAAUGAUGUAACGUGUACAUUUGGAAAACUUAUUUUUAUAGGCCUACGUAGCAGCAAAUUCUGGGGGAAAUUAAAAGUUGGUCUCUAGGCAACGGUAGGAGGGACAACAAAGUUGCAAGACCCCAAAUCAUCGAUCUGUUACAUUCCACAAGACUCAUUUGGACACUUAUAUUGUGUGAAUAUGCCACAAGAACGAGAUCCUUUUCCAUUCCCGCGAUACGAGAACGACUACACACUCACAGGGAGUAAGGAAAUUCAGAAACUGCCAUAUGACAAGCCAACCCAUCUCGCACAAGAUGAUGAACCCUGGAGGAGACUCCAUAACACCACAACACAGGCCAGCUCUCGUCGAAAUGUCUUUCAUUGUGAUACUACAGCACCAAAGGACAGUCUGGACAUUCACCUAAAAUCGACAUAUGAUCAUCAUCUAGGAUUGUUUCAAAACAAAUAUCAAAUCGUGACGCAGAAGGAAACUGUUGCAUUGGAUAAUGGGACACUUAAAAACAAAGAAUCAGAAGACUCGAUGUGCGAGACUGAAAACAAAGGAAUGAAAGUGUGGGUCGACACCCAGAAGGCUUCUAUAUACAGUAUUAAAGGGUCCAUAGAGUCUCAUCACACCGCCUCAACAAACCGGGGUUACUCUCGUAAGCAUGAUGGCGGCUUUUACUCUACGUAGCAAUACAAGUUGACCACCCAUAUUCCCAUUCGGUUGUUGAACAAUGGGUAUUAGCAACACCAUGUACAAGGGCUUGAAAAAUAAAAGAAUAAAAGAAACGUGGCGUUAGAUAUGCUGGUGUGGUCUCUUCUUUAA